AUGGCUCCUGCAAAGAAGGGUGGUGAGAAGAAAAGGGGGCGUUCUGCCAUCAACGAGCUGCUGACCGGAGAAUACACCAUCAACAUUCACAAGCACAUCCAUGGAGUGGGCUUCAAGAAGCAUGCCUCUCGGGCACUCAAAGAGAUUCAGAAAUUUGCCAGGAAGGAUAUGGGAACUCCAAACAUGGACAUCGAUACCAGGCUCACCAAAGCUGUCUGGGCCAAAGGAAUAAGGAAUGUCCCAUACCUAAUUCGUGUGUGGUUGUCCGGAAAAUGUAAUGAGGAUGAAGAGUCACCAAAUAAGCUCUAUACUUUGGUUACCUAUGUACCUGUUACCACAUUCAAAAAUAUACAGUCAAUGUGGAUGAGAACUAAUUGCUGA